CUCUCUCACUGUCACUGAGCUAUCUCUCUGUGAGCUCAAAAGAAACGGAUUCUUCGUUGUUGGGAUUAGAUUCGGAGCUCCGAACCCGCAUUGCACUCAGUUCACCUACUAAACGACACCGUAGAGAAACAGAUAGUGUCAGUGUGUGUGAAAGAGAUAAUGUCGAUGACGAUGGUGAUGGAGGAAGACGAAGACGCAGAAAUAGAGCACGUUUUCGUUGCUCAUGAAAUCGAUCUUGAUUACGAGUUCGACGCUGCUCGGUUCUUCGAUUUCACUCGACCGGAGACUCCAGCGGAAGCUCACCAAGCUGAGCUUUGGUUUCAAACUGCUGCUAGUUACCCUCCUUUGCCGUUUGUCAGAAGGCUGGUUGUGAGAGAGGAUUUGUUCUUGGACGACGUUAGCGAUUCGCCAAAAUCGGAACACCUGGACUGCACGAGUAAUGUUGAUGAUGAAAAAUCCAGUGUUCCGUUACAGACGGGAAUUUUGGACACGGCUUUUGAAGAUAAUGGACCAAAAGCACUUGGUGGAAAUAUCUCUCACUUAUUGGUUGGAAUUCUACAAAAUGACAGUACAAGACCACUACAAGAACCUACAGGACUUACAUUUGGCAGUAAGACAAUCACCAACAAUUUGAAUUCUAAGGCUAAGUCUGCCGUGUCAAAGAGUUCAACACUAAUGAAACCUACCACCAGUCAAUUGGCCAAGCAAAAUCUCCCUGCUAAAAGUGUUGGUUCAAGAUUUCAAAAGCAACUAUUACAGAAUGAACAAAAUUUAUCUAUCUCUUCUGGAGUAGAAAGUCAAGCUUCCAAGAGGCAGAAACUAGAGGGCGGUCUCUUGUGUAAGGUUCCAGAUGUGAAGCCUCAAACCAAUUUUUUCCACAAGACUCGAAUGAGGGAUGUCAUGGUUGAACAAAACUCUGCAUGUUCGAAGCUGAGGCUUACUAUUCCAAGGGAGCCUGACCUUAGAACAGCACAGAGAGCACAUAGGAUGAGACCUAAAAAUGUUGCUGAGGCAGAGCGAAUAACAGUAGCAGCUCCCAGAUUCAAAGCUCGCCCAUUAAAUAGAAAAAUUCUUGAGGCUCCUUCAUUGCCACCUCCCAAAAGGAGCACUCCACGGUUGCCCGAAUUUCAAGAAUUUCACUUGAAAACUUCGGAGAGGGCAAUCCAACACACAUCUGCUACGUCAUCUUCACUUCACUGCUAUGAUUCUGAUAAGGGUUGGGAUAAGCAUCCUACUAUUUCUUUAGAAAAUAGAAUCAAGGAUUUAAGAAGACCUACCGCAGGAGGUGCACCAACGUAUGAUGGAUUGGGGUUUACUCACAUUUUUAAAGCUCGUCCACUUAAUAAGAAGAUAACUCAAAGUAAAGGAGAUGGUGUUUUCCGUAACUGCAGACAGGAAACAACAGUCCCCAUGGAAUUUGAUUUACAGUCUGCAAAGGAGGUUCAGCAAGAUCCGCCAAUUGAACUCUUUAGCAAGCUGUCUCUGACGUCUGAGUGCCAGCCAAAUAAUGGAUCUCAUUUCAAACUGCCUCAGCAUUCCGGGAUGUGUAGAAAGGACUCAAAAGAAAAUAUAUUAAAUUCUUUUCGUCCAGACCAAGAGGAGAAGACUUUUAUGUUUGGGGCAAAUCAAACUUCUAGAGGGAAUGGCGGUUGCAUCAAUCUGAUGGGUGAAAGGAGGUAUGCGCUGUUGGCACCACUCUUCAUGUUUAAUACGAUUGUUAAAUCAGAACUCAACAUCAAUUGAUUGCUUAUAUAUAUAUAUAUGUGUGUGUGUGUGUUCAACAUCGAACUGAAAUAUUCCAGGAGCUUGGGAAUUCGGUGACUAUAAACUAGGGAAAAAGUGCAACCUGCUUAGUUAUGGGCAUCGAACUAGAAUUUUUGCUGACAUGAGAUUGACUGUACAUAGUUGAAUCUGAACGCGGAUGAUCGGUGUAUAUUCUCUUUCUGUACACAGAAUCUUACAUUUUUUUUCUAGGUGCACAGCUUGUAUCUUCUAUAACUGCCCUUGAUCAUAAUUCAAAAAGUAUAUCAUUAAAGGAGAGAGUGUUGCAGUCUCUUAAGCUUAUGUUUAUUUUCGCUUCUCAUAGCAUUAAUUCUGGAAUGGUAUAUGUAUCUGUACCGAGUUCGGCCAUGCCCAAUAGACUGUUUUGUUAAGCUUCAUAGCAUCAAAAUCUUGGGACUGCCACCUAUCUCAGUUUGGAAAUGGAUCCUCUACAUCAAAAUCUGGGACUGCCACCUGUCACAUUUCUUGGUCAUUUCCCAUUUUGAAACGUACCUUUUGUAUUUCGAAAAGUUUAGGACAAGAGGUGGCCCAAGACAUAUAUGUAAGAGGUGGGAAGAAACUUCCAAUAAAGCGUUACUAUCCAAUCUCAACUCGAAGCACUUGUCAUUUCUUCCUUUCCAAUCUAGCCACAACCUAAAAGGAGCUUAUAUUUGUUGGUCCUCUAUUCGGUAAAGGGCCUAAGAGGCCCACCAUUUCACAUCAAUUAAUUAGUAUAUCCGUUGUUAGACUUUGAAUAUAAUUAAAUGUCACUAACACAGUUGGCCAAAUAACUUGGCUCGAAACAAAGAAAAGAUGACAUGUUCACCUUUUAGUUUUGCCAUUCAGAUCAUUGGAAUUAUACAAGGAUUAAAAGUCUUUUCCUAGAAAUGGCUGUUACAUUCUUACGUCUGUUGCAAAUGCUGAAAAUUUAUUGUUGAUUAUUAGGAAAAUUGUAAUUUCUCUUUUUAC